AUGGCAACAAAGAGCAAGGGUCGCCAAAAUAUUGUUAUGGCGAAAAUGAGCAAGGAAAGUGAUCUCAGGGUUACAUUCUCCGAGAGGCGUUCUGGGUUAUUCAAAAAAGCUAGUGAGCUUAGCACCUUCUGUGGUGUAGAGAUUGCAAUCGUGGUCUUCUCUCCUCGGAAAAGAGUGUUCUCAUUUGGACAUCCAAAUGUGGAACAAAUCUUUGAUAAGUUCCUCGAUGCUCAGAACCCUAGUCCAACCAAAUCGACUAGCCUUCAACUUGUACAGGCUCUUCGCAGUGCAAGGGUUCGUCUACUGAACACCCAACUCUCUAAGUUGCUUAACCAUUUGCAGGAGCAAAAGCAACAAGGGGAGGAGCUGAAACUGAGAAAGUAAGGACAAGACAUUGUCUGGUGGGAGGCCCCAGUUGAUGAUCUUGGAUUUGAACAACUGGAUAUGUUGAAAAGAGAAAUAGAGGACCAGAAGAGAAAUGUCGCCACACAAGCUCAGAAGCUUGUGAUGAUGGAGCAAGCACUGGCACUCGUUGGGUGUAGCACUGGCACUGGACUUUCCAUGACACCAAAUGGAUUUAAUCCGGGGCAUGGAUGUGCACAUCCCAUUGUGUACCAAUAUCAGAGUACCCAACUAGGGAAGAAGAGAAAAGAAUGUGCGAAGGGCCGGAGAAAUGUUGCUCUUUGCAAGGCCACAGAAGAAACCAUCUGCGGACAGUAUUCUGGAUAUAGAUUAGUUCAGAAAAUCUUAUAUGGCUUUGAAAUAUUUUUCGCUAAACCAAAGGGAGAACUUUGUUCUCUGUUCGAGAAUGGAAUUUACAAAUUAACUCCAACUGUAUCUAGUCUUAAUGACAUCGUUCUGGAUACUCUACCCGAUCAUGUGCUUGAAACUCAAGCACUUGCAAUCUUUGCCUAUCAUUUCUCUUAUGCGCAGUCUUAA